GGCUUAUAUAGUUCAUAGAAUUUUACAUUUUGAUAAAUGAAUUAGGGCGAAUGUCACAAAUACUCAAAUAUUGGAUUAAAAUUCCAUAAUAACUUUCAAAAUCAACAGAAACAUCCGAUAGUCUAAAUUAGAGGUCGCUUUCAAUUCAUGACUAACUACGUAUAAAUCUUACCAAGAACGAAGGGCGAGGUAACGAAAUACCAUUUAGUGACUGAAAAAUAUCAGGUCAAUUUUACAGUACACUAAAGUACAAAAAUCAUACGGAAAUCAGAAUAUUUUCGAAGUUCAAAAUAAGCAAAAUCAUUCUAAAUUUCCUGCCCAAUAUUGAAAUGAUUAAAAUGGGUUUAUGGCAUAUAAUUUGAUGUCAUUGUGCCGAAACUACGUGAAAACAAACACUCUUCCAGGGCGUCGUUUCGUCUCGCGUACUACCAGAAGCACAAGUGCAUUAUGCCUCAUCAUCACUGUUGUGUCAUUGGAUGUAAAAGUGAUAGCCGUUACACUAUUCCUGAUCCAGAUGACACACCUCUUAAAUUUUUUUGCAUUCCAAGUGUAACAACAAAAAAGGAUUUGCAUGAUAAAUGGAUGGAAAUGAUAAGAAGACCUGACCUGAGUGUUUCUCGAAACACACGAGUAUGUUCUCGUCAUUUUGUAGAUGGUCGGCCAACUCUAGAAAAUCCACUUCCUAUUCAGAAUCUCACACCUGCUUCAGAACAUCAGAUUUAUUUAACCAGUUGCAUUAACCCACACCAAACAUUAUUUGGAAUAAAUAACCAAGAAACAUGCCUCAAAAAAUAUUAUGUGGGAGAAAAAUCAAAGAACAUUUUGAAUAAAGAAACUUCCCAGAAAUCUGUUAAUCCUCUAGCUGUAAAGAAACAAAAACUUGAAGUUAACUCUCGAGUAAACACUGAUGACAUCAUAUCAAAUGAGAUAUAUUUUGCGCAGCCAGUUUUGCAUGAGUAUAAGUCAACACAAACAAAUUAUUUUGUCAGACAGACAUUGACAAAAAGUACUCAGACAGAAAAGGUUGAAAAUGAUGACUUAAUGUGUUCACAAAGAAAAUUGUAUUCAAGUUCCAAAUCCACACAGCCUACAUUGCUACCUUUUAUGCAGGUAAAACUACCAGUCCCUUUAACCAUUACCUUUUUAAAAAAUGAUAGUAUACAAUUUCAUUAUUAUACAGGGUUUAAAACCUAUACAGAUUUUCAAACAUAUUUUAUAGAAGCUGCCUCAAAGCUAAAUAUUUUUAGCUUUCAUCAAGAUUGUAAAAAUCAGAAUGGUCAUGAGUUUGAUCAGACUAAAAGCAAUAAUCUGAUUAAAGAACUCUCAACUUUAUCACUAGAAAAUGCUCUUUUAUUGGCCCUGAUGGUGAAGAAUUUAAGUCUACAGUUUCAUGAUGUUGCCCAUAAAUUUCAAGUUUCUGUCUCAACAGUGCAGUAUUUAAUGGAAAAGUUGAGUCCCAUUUUAAACAAAGAAGUUGAAUAAAAGUGGAACAUAUGCAUAUGCUUACAGAAUCACAUCUUCUCAGUAAAAUACUCCUGAAAUUUUUUCACUGGAGAAGUGGCCUGUUUUACUUGAAGAUAAAUUUUAAUCACAAAUUGGCAUCCUGCAAUUAAUGAAAUUUCUCUUUAAUAAAUUGGAUGUAUUUCUUUGUGAACCAUUGAAACUCCAAAUAUUACCAUGAUGAGUAAUUAUAGUGAAGACAGGAUAUUUUAAAAUGCCCUGUAUAGAACUACCAUUUUUAUAGUUAUUUCUUUUGCUGUACAAUUUUAAGUUGAAGCAACUUGGCUAAUCUCAGUCUUAUUCUUUAUAAAUGCCUUCAAAAUUAGUACAUCAUCAGUGUAUUAUCACCAGUUUUAUAAUUUUAGCAAUGUGUGACUUUAGGUAUAGCAUUGUUCUUAUUUGGGUUAUACUUUAUUAAAAAAAUUUAAAAAACCUUGUUGACCAAAUUUAGGAAUGACAUUCUUGUAAACCCAUAAAAAGAUUUUAUUACUUCUCUCAUAUGUUGGUAUACAAUGAUGUAUAUGUGCAAGAUGGUUGUAAUGCAAAGUAAUGAAUUCAAGCAGUUUUUAAUAUAUAUAUACUUAGAGUUGCAGUACGUCAAUUAUAUAUUUAUUAAGCACUCAAUUAGAUUGCAGAUGAUAGUGUAGAGUAACGUUUAUUUAGUAUUGAUAUUUUGUGAAUUGUUUUUGAAUGACAGUAGUAGACAUAGAUUUGAAUUAUUUGAAAUCUUACAAAAGUUUUGAUACAAAAAUACAAAUCAUGAAAGAUUUACUGCUCUUUGAUCUUUUACACGUCAUGUUCAUUCUUUUAGAUAUAUUCUGUGUUGAAUCGUAUUUUGACAAAUCGGACGUACCAAUGAUGAAAAUGUUUGCACUUAGUUAACAAGUCAUUAGGCAUAUACAAAAUUAAUCACAACACUUAAUUUUUCAGUAGUUUUUAAUAUACCUAAAGUAUUCGAUUGGAGUUGAUUACUUAAGGUACUUAACAUUAACAAAUAUCCUGUGUAUUGGUGAGAAACAAACACUGUGGCUUGAUCAACCAUAGAAAAUUAUUUAUGCAUUUCAUAGCAUCAGACUUUUGUAUAGUUUCAGGUACUUAAAAAAAUACUUUCCAGUUGGCAUUUAAUUAUGAGUAAUGUAAUAUAGUUUUGCCACAUUUUGUUCCACAAGUCACCGAUAAUUUUGUUUAAUACAUGCAAUGAAGUAUGAAUACCUCAAGUGAUAUUAUAACCGAAUACAAUAAGAUCUAGAAUACAUAUCUAAUGGAUUCUUUAAAACAGUCCGAUAUGUUGGCAAAGACUUUUCAGGAAACUGCAGAGUAAAGUAAGUUAUUUUUAUCUACAUUUAUAUAAUAUUUAUAUUAUUCAUAAAUCCAGCAGUAGGUUUUGAGUUUGUGUUUAAGUUACCAGUGUUUAGUUGGAUAAAAAAAUG